CCAUAAAAAUCAAUAAACAAUGAUCUGCGGAGGCUCGUAGAACCCUUUCCCUUGAUAUCAAAUCUACAUAAGGUUUAUGUAACCAAGCAGGAGUUCAAUCGAGAUGUGCACAACGAGUGAAAAAGCAACGGUGCGCUCGAGCAUUGCCACUAUCAACAAGUGAUAUCGGAUUCAUACAGAUUCAGGAAUUAGGGUUUUUCCAGAGAUAUGUCAUUCGGUCGACCGAAAGACUUGACGGAGGGGGAUUUACCUCUCGUCCCAGUGCCGGAGAGACCAAAAACGGCUAUUCCGCCGCUCCCACUAGCUGCGGCAUCCAACGCACUCGUAGAGUAUACGAAACCGUUACCCAACGAGGAAGAAGAAGACCUCGAAGUCAAGCUCCGCAGGAUAAUCGAUCAUGUCCCUGUCCGUGUCAGCAACACCUCUGGCAGUUCUGCCGGUUCUGGCUCCGGUGACUUCCACCAGUAUCGGCAAAUGAGACGGAAAGAGCAAGAUCGCCUUGCUAGGAUGGAAGUAGAUUACCAGAAAAGAAAGGAACUGGCUGAGUUUAAUAUGAGAAGGGAGGAAAGAAUGAAAGCUGCAGAAGAACGGACUGCGAAGAAGAGCUUGAAACGUCAAAAGAAGAAACAAAGGAAGAAAGAGAAGAAGAUCAAAUUGAACUCUGGUGAGGAAGAGGAACAUAAAGAAGGUUCUUCUGAUGACAAUGAUGGUUCAGACAAUGGUGAAGAUGUAAAAUGAGGAAAUUUCUUUCCAUUGCCAUUGAGCCUGAGAUGCUUUUCAACCUUAAAAACGGGGUGGGUUGCAGUUGGGGUGUUAAAGAAUUUUUUUUUCUAUGAUGGGAGUUUUUAGAAAAUUGAAAGAGCAUAAUUGGGAUGACUUCUGUGUACCGUGAAAUAGAGCCACUAGCAUAUUUAGUUGGUCAAAUGGAUCUUCUUGCCUGUUUGAAUAUUUUGGGUGCUAGUUCUAUCAUGAUCAGGCUUUCAAGAA